AUGGUCAACUCCUGUUGUGGCUCUGUCUGCUCUGAGGAGGGCUGUGGCCAAGGCUACUGCCAGCCCAGCUGCUGCCGGCCCACCUGCUGUGUGUCCAGCUGCUGUAGGCCCACCUGCUGUGUGUCCAGCUGCUGCAGACCCAGCUGCUGUCAGUCUGUGUGUUGCCGCCCCAGCUGCUGCCGCCCCAGCUGCUGCAUUUCUAGCUGCUGCAGGCCUUCCUGCUGCCGCCCCAGCUGCUGCCGACCCAGCUGCUGCAUUUCUAGCUGCUGCAGGCCUUCCUGCUGCCGCCCCUGUUGCUGCCGCCCCACCUGUUGCAUUUCUAGCUGCUGCAGGCCUUCCUGUUGCCACCCCUGUUGCUGCCGACCCAGCUGCUGCAUUUCUAGCUGCUGCAGGCCUUCUUGCUGCCAACCCAGCUGCUGCAUUUCCAGCUGCUGCAGGCCUUCUUGCUGCCGCCCCUGUUGUCCCAGCUGCUGUGUGUCCAGCUGCUGCAGACCCCAGUGCUGCAGACCCCAGUGCUGCAUCUCCUUCUGCUGCCGCCCCACUUGCUGCCGCCCAGCAUGCUCUAGUUGUUCUUGCUGCUGA